AUGGACGAUUCAGAUGAAGAGUUUAUAUCUACACCAACUGGGUCGCGAUCACCCUCAUCAGGAUUUGUCCCUUCUGCGACUGAAACUGCGCCGCCACGUGGAGGAGUGUCAACAAGAACGCGGUCACAGCACACUGGCGAAGUGAGUGACUUGAAAAGAGCAAAUGGAUACGCAUGGGAGGAUGAGUACCAGCGAUCGUGGGACAUAGUCAAAGAUGACGAACAGGGCAGCGGCUCCUUUGAAGCCAUGGUUCAAACAAUAAUUGAAAACAGAAAGAAAAAGAUCAUGAAGAACUUGAGCACGCCCUUUCAAAGAGGGAUAAUCAGGACACUAGUCAUUAUUGUGGACGGAACGCUAGCGAUGGCCGAAAAGGACUUACGACCAACUCGAUUGUCACUAACGCUAAACUAUUUACUGGAGUUUGUGGUGGAGUUUUUUGACCAAAAUCCGAUAUCUCAAUUGGGAAUCAUAUUGAUGAGGAAUGGUGUCGCCAAUUUGAUUAGUGAGGUCAGUGGCCUGCCGCAGUACCAUAUAGAUAGAUUGAGACAAUUGAAAGCGAGACAGCAUAACAAGUACGAACCAAAAGGAGAUCCCUCUUUGCAAAAUUGUUUGGAAAUGGCACGCUCUUUGCUCAAAUUCAACUUUGGUUCAGCAUCUAACAAUUCUAAGAACUCUAAAGAAAUUUUGCUAGUGUUUGGCUCUCUAUUCACUAGUGAUCCAGGUGACAUACACAAGACGAUAGAGAGCCUAGUAAAGGAAAAAAUUAAAGUCAGUGUAAUUGGACUUUCUGCACAAGUUGCUAUAUGUCAAGAAUUGGUCAACAAAACCAACCAUGAGCCACGCAAUUCAGCAUCGAAACAUUACGGUGUGAUUAUGAAUGAGACUCACUUCAAGGAGUUGUUGAUGGAUUGUGUCACUCCAUUGCCCUUACCAGAGAGUGAAGAAACCAAAAUGGACAUGAAAGGCGUCCCCUUGAUAAAAAUGGGAUUUCCUUCAAAGGUACAGCCAAGCGCAACCUCCACCAUAGGUAAUGCUGAUUACACGGUGGAAUUCCCUCAACUCAAUGCAUCAUAUCCAACGCAAGGUUCCAACGAUUCGAGGGAGGUUGUGGAAGUAAAUUCGGAUACUGUACAUUCACAGACAUUUGGAUAUCAAUGCCCCCAAUGCAAAAGCAAGGUGUGCAAUCUUCCUACAAUCUGUCCAGUAUGUGGGCUAAUGCUUAUUUUAUCUACGCACUUGGCGAGAUCGUACCACCAUUUGGUUCCACUAGCCCCCUACAAAGAAGUUCCCGUAUCCCCUUCUUACGACACUGACUUCUGCCACGGAUGUCAAUUGAAAUUUCCAGCGGGAACAAAAUCAAGCAAGGCCACAGGGACUAUCGAUUCUAUAACAAGCUCCAGAUAUCGAUGUGCAAAGUGCAACAACGAUUUUUGCAUAAAUUGUGAUGUCUUUGUUCAUGAGGUAUUGCACAAUUGUCCCGGUUGCGAAAACGCACAAUAG